AUGGAACUACCAGAUACGCUGAAAAAUAAUUUACGUAUAAUAAAAACAUCAUUAAGUGAUGAACUAUUUGAUAAAUUAUUGUCGGAUUGCAAUAAUAUGUUAAUGAAUGUCAUUAUUGACAAUCCAAAAGAUAAAAUGACUAUUUACUCCGAUUACAUUAGUAUUAUCAAAGAAGCUGCGAGAAAUAACUAUGAUCCCGAAAAUUUGUCAGAUUAUUUGCAAACAACUGGAAUAUUCAAUGACACACAGAUACAAAAAUUAUGCCAGGUUUAUUAUAAACAAAUAAAAACUCCUAUGGUACUGCAUUUGAGUAGUAUUGGAGACAGUCAUCCGUGUAUUGUUGAUAUUAGUUGGCGAUUAGACUAUUGUUUGAAGACAAGCAACAAUAGUUAUAUGAAUAAUUGCAUAUAUCACAUUAAAUUAACGACCAAAAGAGGCGGCACGAUAAGUGAUGUUGAUUUUACGUGUACAAUUGAAGGAUUACAUGAGUUAGUUUACAAAAUAAAAGACAUUGUAAGGCACAUGGAGAAAUUAGUGCAACGUAAUUGUGGAGAUAAGGCCUUAAAAUAA